GGGAGGCACCGAUGAUAAGAAGACGAAGAAGAAGGCGACCAUGUUGAUUUUAAGAAGAAACACAAUAGACGCCAUUUAUUCCCAGCACAGUUCAGCUAUUAAAGCUCCUUGAAACAUCGCCAGUUGAAACCAACCUGAAGUUGACGUCCGUCUUGUAAAAAUAUCGAAGAGCGCAGGUGGCACAUUUGAGUUGUUGGCAAGAUUGAGUGGAAAGCACCAGUGAUCACAGUCUCACUCCCACUAGUGACACGCCGACCUCCCAACCUCAACCAGCUGAAGCAGUUAAGAAACUGCGGACUAAAAAGGGGUGGAAAAGCUUUUCUGGCUUUGGACUCGAUCCCCUCUUGUAUUUGUGAUACCCGUCAAGUGAAACUAAAAGGAAGAACAUGUAAUUUUUUGGGGAAGGACUUGUACAAAAUUGGACAUCUUUUUUUUCCCAAGAAGGACAAUACUGAGUUAAUACCGUGGACAAAAAAAAAGUCAAGGAAAUACUGUUAAACAGAAGAUUAUAUUGAAGAACAUAUUCCUACAGUACAGAGUUUGCCUUAGUUGUUCUAUUUCAGGACUUGCGCCACAUUCUAUACUUGUUCACAUAUAAUUUUCUAUAUUGUGAGCAAGUAUAUUCAUGCAUAUGAAUGCAAAUUUCUCUUCAUUUUGAAGAGUUUCUCGUGUAUAAAGUUGACUUUUUUGUUUGUUGUACGUCAGUCGCUCUUUUUUAAGGGGACCGAGCUGCACGUACGUGCGUGUUUGUGUGUGUGUGUGUCUGUGUAUAUAUAUAUAUAUAUAUGUAAAUAUUACCAGUUGACUGCUGUUUUAAAAGCUGUCAGCUUAAUCGAAUAUAUUGUUUGUUGAUGCUUUAUUAAUAUUUUUUACAUUUUUGAAGAUCAUUUUUUUUAGUAAAAACAAACUUAAGGAAAGAUUGUUUGAAAAACAAAGAAAAUAAGGGCGGGGAAAUGGCAGCGCCCAGAACAGAAAGCGUUGGCCCACUUGUGAUGGGACUGAACAAGCAGAACGGGCAGCUCAGAGGACAGACCAAACCAGCUUCGGUCCAGCCAGGACCCGCAACUCAAGCGAAGGGGCUGGGAGCUCUCCAGAAACCAGGCGGUGCGUCCCAAGAAGGUGGAGGCAUUAAAUUUGGGGACGACUGGAAAAAAAGCCUCCAGCUCCCUCCCAAAGACAACAGGGUCAAAACCUCAGACGUGACCAGCACUAAGGGGAAUGAAUUUGAGGAUUACUGUCUGAAACGGGAACUUCUGAUGGGCAUUUUUGAGAUGGGCUGGGAGAAACCAUCUCCAGUGCAGGAGGAAAGUAUUCCCAUUGCCCUGUCUGGAAGGGAUAUUUUGGCUCGGGCCAAGAAUGGAACCGGGAAAAGUGGAGCCUAUCUCAUCCCAAUGCUGGAAAGGAUAGACCUCAAAAAGGACCAUAUACAAGCAAUGGUAGUCGUGCCUACUCGAGAGUUGGCACUGCAGGUGAGCCAGAUCAGCAUUCAGAUCAGCAAACAUAUGGGAGGAGUCAAAGUUAUGGCCACCACCGGGGGAACCAACCUACGAGAUGAUAUCAUGCGCCUGGAUGAGACUGUGCAUGUGGUCAUUGCCACACCUGGUAGGAUUCUGGAUUUGAUAAAGAAAGGUGUGGCAAAGGUGGAUAAAGUUCAAAUGAUGGUGAUGGAUGAGGCUGAUAAACUGCUGUCUCAGGAUUUUGUGGUGCUCAUCGAGGAUAUCAUUAGCUUCCUGGCCAGGCAGAGGCAGAUCCUUCUCUACUCGGCAACCUUCCCCAUCAGUGUGCAAAAAUUCAUGGCCAAGCACCUGCAGAAACCAUACGAGAUCAAUCUGAUGGAGGAGCUGACUCUGAAGGGCAUUACUCAGUAUUAUGCCUACGUCACAGAGAGACAGAAAGUGCACUGCCUCAACACACUCUUCUCCAGGCUUCAAAUCAACCAGUCGAUCAUCUUCUGUAACUCAACACAGCGGGUAGAGCUUUUAGCCAAGAAGAUCACGCAGCUGGGCUACUCGUGUUUCUACAUUCAUGCAAAGAUGAUGCAGGAAUAUAGAAACCGUGUGUUCCAUGACUUCAGGAAUGGACUGUGCAGGAAUCUGGUGUGCACUGAUCUCUUCACAAGGGGUAUAGACAUCCAGGCCGUCAAUGUGGUCAUCAACUUUGACUUCCCCAAGAAUGCAGAGACAUACCUCCAUCGUAUUGGACGAUCAGGGAGGUUCGGUCACUUGGGAUUGGCCAUCAACUUGAUCACGUCCGAAGACCGCUUCAACCUGAAGACCAUCGAAGACCAACUGGUGACCGACAUCAAGCCCAUUCCUGGCAGCAUCGACAAGAGCCUCUACGUGGCAGAGUUCCAUUCAUCCAGCGCCGACUGCGAGGUGGAGGAAGUCCUCGAGAAAUCAGGACGCCCACAGGACAGCGCCUAAAUCUGGACUUGCAGGACUCCCUAGGCUUUGCACACUUCAGGCACCUCUUCAACAUUACACUUUGUUUUCAAAGCCUGCUAAAUUGUGACAGAGGCUUUUUUUUUGUUUUGUUUAAAAUUGUUUCUGCCUUUCAUCAAAGAACUGCAUGACGGAAAAGUGAACUAUCUGGAUUUGCAUCCACUCCACACAGAGAUUGUUGCCAGAACAGAGUUGUUAGUGAGCUUUGUAACGUACAAUACCGUCAAAUCUGUUCUGAACCCGUCGUCCUUAGAGACGGACAAGCAAGCGCGGUCCAUGUCUUUGAAGUAUCAGAACACCAGCCAUCGUUCAGUACACUGUUACCACUUAAGUGCCUUACAUGCUCCCAUUCAUCUUCUCCAUAGCCUGUCGCGCAAAUGAAUGAAAUAGCUCAUUAACUCCGAACACAUCCAUUAUGCAACAGUAUCUUUCUGUGAGAUGUGUCAAGAAAACCUUAAUAUGGUAUUUAAUGUGAAUGUUGCAAUAAAAACGGCAGCUUUACUUAAGUAGUGCGCGACUGUUUUAACCCAUUAGAAUGAAUUAAACACGCAGAGGGGGGACUCACGCAGCCCUGCAAAAAUCAUUUCAGUUUCAUAGCGGCCUUAUGCUGUUCCUUUGUUCUCUUACACGCCCAGAAAGGAGAAAAAUCUCGCAUCCAAAACUUAGGGAUCGGUUCAAAACAGUCUUGAUUACGGAAUAAGGGUAAUGGUGUUGAUAAGAUGUCCAGGAUAAUGAGAAGUGGUGGUGCAAAGCGGUAGUUCACUUUUCUGUCAGGGUCUUUCUCCCAUAUGUUUAUGAUUUGCAACAUGGACACUUAAGAUUUUGUUAACAUUUCUGCAAAUCUGUUUUUUUUUGUUUUGUUUCUCUUGACAAACUGAAAAAAGUGAGUGUAGAGUACAGGCUCAAAGUUUGGACACACCUUCUCAUUUCAAUGCGUUUUCCUCAUUUCCAUGACUAUUUACAUUGUAGAUUGUCACUUGAAGGCCUCAAUACUAUGACACCUGUGAAGUGAGAACCAUUGCAGGUGCUCAUGGAGAGAAUGCCAAGAGUGUGCGAAAAAGUAAUCCGAGCAAAGGGUGGCUAUUUAGAAGAAACUAGAAUAUAAAACUUGAUUUCUGUUAUUUCACCUUUUUUUUGUAAAAUAACUCCACAUGUGUUCAUUCAUAGUUUUGAUGUGACUAUCUACAAUGUAAAUAGUCAUGAAAAUAACGAAAAGACAUUGAAUUAGAAGGUGUGUCCAAACUUUUGGCUUGUCCUGUUUGUACCACCAACCAAGCGCCUGAAAUAUCUGCUUUGCUUCGGUUCCAUCAGUUGCAGACUCCCGUUUCAGUUUUCUGCAGCUGCAACAAUAUGAUCUUUUUUUUUAAAUCUUUUUGAUAAGAAGGAGAGGAUUAUCUGUCUAAUGAAGAGCGGGCGGGUCGCUGGAUUUUGAAAGCAAAAUUGUAGCAUCUUUGAAGACGCAGCUGUGACUUUAUUUUCUUUUUAUUUGGUCCUCUCUUAACCGAGACAAAAAAUGUACUACAAAAAUUACCAUUUUUUGUUUUUUUUUCUGAACUUUUUUUUUUUUAUUUCUUUCAGCUGUGAGGACUUAAGCACUGGAUUUGGGGUGGGUUAGUACUUAAAAUGUCCAGCAAAAUGAUGGACCAACUGAUUUGACCAUUGAAAGGUACAAAAAAUGUUCAAUGCUCUUUUUUAAAAAUGGCCAUUCAAAAGUAUAAAUUAUAUUAAAUGUUUUUUUUGUUGUUUUUUUUUAAAUAUGGAGCAAAUGCUAAAUGACAAAAAAAAAAGCAUUUAAGAUCUAUAAUCCUUUAACCUAUUCAGGUGAUGGAUGGUACUUUUUGUUUACAAUUAAAACAACUUUGGUUCGGGUGACUUGGAAUAGAAAGGUUGUUUUUUUUUUGUUGUUGUUGAAAUAAAUUUUCAGGAAUUACACUGAAGCAAAACCAAAAAAAAGUGGAAACUGAGGAGUUGGGUGUCGGUCGUGGGAAUGAGUGAGUGACUUUUUGUGUCCAAUCACAUUUGUAUGCGUCUUCUAACUACAGCGGAUUGACUUCACUACCUUGCAUCACAACCUGCGUGGUUAGAACCGUUUAAAAAUAAUAAGAAUCAGUCCCAGUGUCAGUUUGAGGUUGCAUGGAAAUGUAAGUCUGUUCCUUUUUAUCCCCCUUGUUUGAUGACACAAUGUCUUAAGUCUGAAUGAGUCGUUUUUCCAUUUGCUGGAGUGACUCCCAUCCUCCAACCCCAUAGCAAACGCCCCCUUAUGAAAACAUUUGUUUUCAUUCCACGAUCUCCACUGUGACCCACAGACUUUCUCCCAAAGGGCCUUUUUAUAUAGUUUUUUUUUUUCUAUUUUAACAUAUCGUAUUUUUCGGAGUAUAAGUCGCACCUGCCGAAAAUGCAUAAUAAAGAAGGAAAAAACAUAAGUCGCACUGGAGUAUAAGUCGCAUUUUUGGGGGAAAUUUAUUUGCUGAAACCCAACAGCAAGAAUAGACAUUUGAAAGGCAAUUUAAAAUAAAUAAAGAAUAGUGAAGAACAGGCUGAAUAAGUGUAGGUUAUAUGAGGCAUAAAUAAGCAACUGCUAUGUUAAGCUAACAUAUUAUGGUAAGAGUCAUUCAAAUAACUAUAACAUAUAGAACAUGCUAUACCUUUACCAAACUAUCUCUCACUCCUAAUCCAUAAAUCCCAUGAAAUCUUAUACGUCUAAUCUCUUACGUCAAUGAGAUAAAUAAUAAUAUUUGAUAUUUAACGGUAAUGUGGUAAUAAUUUCACACACAAGUCGCACCCUCGGCCAAACUAUGAAAAAAACUGCGACUUAUAGUCGGAAAAAUACGGUAAUGGAAAGCUGGGUAACUUAUUUUGUUUAAUUGAAUCUGUUUUGCCGCCCCCUUAAUGAUUUAAGAUAAACUCCUAACCUAACUGGUGGUCACAAUGGAGAUCACACUGAAUGAAUUUUUGUCAUGUUUGUAUGUGUGUGUGUUUGUCCCGGAGGAUCAGGCGCACAAAGGCCUGUUUAGUAAACGGGCGACAAAAAUGAUGAUUUUUCUGCUUCAGGUACACUUUGGUAAUGGGGCGGUAAAAGACCAAGGCUAAUAUUCCUUCCUACGGCUGAAACACUAAUGUCAAAACCCAGCCCCGCUUCAGAGGAAAAUUAAUCGCUCAACUCUCGAUUUGUUGUUGUAAGCCAGGAAGACGUUCACUACUGAAGUUCCUGGAGCAAAAAUAGUAACGAGUGAAUUGAUUUUUGUGUGUUAAAUCAACAUAACACACGUGGAGUGGCAACUGGAUUCUCAAUUGUCUUGACAUUGUCCUGGUUAUUUCUGUUCUGUAAGCCUGGAAAUUGGACUUGGCUCACUCAAACGAGUGAAACUAUUUAGGAAAUCUGCAACAACAACAACAGAUCAUAUUUUGUUAUUUCCUGACAAAAGUGCACGGAGCAAUCAAUGCAAAGGCAAUUCAAGAAAAGCGUUGCUCACUCUGCCCUCUACUGUUGUAAUUUGGAACUACACGCGGGGGCUGUGAAAUUCAAUAAAUUACUCAAAAUAA